AUGGAUGGAAUUGAUGUCCUGAUCAAGCAGAAAGUUUCCCCCAGGUGCAGAUUACAAGUGCUGGAUUUACAGUUCACUGGGCAGAAGUUCUGGAACACAUGGACUGGAACCCACCUCCAAGUAUAUUCACAAAAGAGAGAACUGAUGCCUGAGGGAACUUCAAAGAAAGAGAAGGCCACACCCUACUUGGAGGUGUGUGUAGACCUCUACCUUGGUGAAGAACAAGUUGAUAGGUUUUCCACCUACUUGCUGAACAGGACCAAAAAAAGAAAGGGAGUGCACCUUUCCUGUAAGACAGUAAGGAUACAUUACCUGACCAGAAAGUAUUUCAGGUUUCUGUAUGCCGUGUCAUGCUGUGACAUCAUGGAGCUGGGAAUCCAUUGUACCUUGCCAUUCUCCACCCUGCGCAUGCUUGCUAACCUGCUGGGCAUGCUGAGUAACCUCAAGAGACUGGUGGUCUGCAUCAAGAUUCCUACUGCAACCACCCCAGAAAAGGCAGAAUGGAGGUUGCUGUCUAUCAACAAUUUCACAUGUGAAUGCUCCCAGCUACUUCAUCUUCAAGAGCUGUACCUGGAAUCUCCCUCCUUCCUCAAGGAUCAUCUGCACUGUCUGUUCAGACAGUGCAAGCAGAGGGCACUAAACAGUCUGCAGCUGAGGAAUGAGGAAAUUGGCAGAACAUAUGCUGAGCAUGGAGACGUGUCACAGAGGCCCUGGAGACUGUCAGGUCCCAUCCCAUACAUGCUGUGGGACCUUUUCCAGCCCAUAGAUCAGUCAACUGAAGGACCUGUGUCUGAAGGGAGUCCCUUAACCUCCCUCAGUAAGUGCCUGCGAUCUCUGCUGGAGGUAAAUGCAGCCACCCUCCAGCACCUGGACCUGGGUCUAUGUGGCCACCAGGACCCCCAGAUUGAGGCCCUGCUCCCUGCCCUGAGCAGCUGCUCCCAGAUCAGAUCCUUCAGCCUGCAUGGGAACCGCCUGUCCAUGGCCACCCUGGAGAAGCUGCUGAGCUGUACCUUGGGCAUCAGCAGGAUAAAACUAGAGCUCUAUCUGGCCCCUCUGGAGAGUUUCAGCCCACAGAAUGUUUUGUUGCCUGCAACAUUUAGGUUGCAUUGUACUCAGAUCAUAAAGAUUCUCAAGGACCUUAGACACUCCAGGUCCAUUGUGGUGAGCACUGGUCAAUGUUCUUAA